ACAUUACAGCUACAAAAAAAACUAAAAUUAAACGUUAGUUUCUUUCCAAUCUCGCAAAUGGGUAUCCUCACUGCAAAACAAACUCUCUCAUUACUCAUUCUUCUCAAUCUUUCAUCACUCGUUUUCACCGCCGAUAACACCAACGUUGUUUACAAAGGUUGUUCCCCGCAAAAACUCCAACAACAAUCUUCCCAGAAUCUACACUCACUCUUAUCCUCUCUCGUAUCAGCAUCUGCCCAGAAAACAUUCGCCGCCACAACCACCGGCGACGUCUCCGGCGCAUACCAAUGCAGAGGUGACCUUUCUACCUCCGACUGUUAUCUCUGCGUCAGCAAGAUUCCGAGCAAGAUAAGCAAGCUCUGCGGCGACGUCGCGGCGGUUAGAAUUCAGCUCAGCGGUUGUUACCUAAGGUACGAGGUUGUCGGGUUUAAGCAAGUUCCUAUGACUCAGUUUCUGUACAAGGUUUGUGGUUCGAGGAAAGUGGAUGACGGUGUUGGGUUUGAGGCGAAGAGGGACUCUGCAUUUGGAAUGGUGGAGAAUAGUGUGAAGAGUGGUGGUGGGGGUUUGUUCUAUACAGGGAGUUAUUUGUCUUUGUAUGUUUUGGGACAGUGUGAGGGUAGUUUGGGAAAUAAUGAUUGUAGUGAUUGUAUUAAGAGUGCUGAAGAACAAGCUAAAUUGGAGUGUGGCGAUUCAAUUUCUGCUCAGAUUUAUCUCUUUAGCUGCUUUAUCAGUUAUAGCUUUUACCCUAAUGGAGUUUCGGGUUCUCCUUCGUCUUCAGGAUCAGGAGGGAAUCCACACACAGAAAGGACAGUGGCUCUUGCAGUUGGAGGAGUUGCAGGUCUUGGAUUCUUGAUUGUUUGUUUGAUGUUUCUAAAGUCAGUAUUGAAGAAAAGAGGUAUAAAGAAAAUACCUUCAAGGAGCCUUUGUAUUGUUCUGGUCAAAGGAAUUAAAAAGGGAAUUCUUAGGAUGGGUACUGAAUCUGAUUUGUGGUAUGAAUGGAGAGAAAAGUGUAAGACAUAAGUUUUCUUGGGAUAUGUGUAGUAGAUCUUUUGUCCCCAUUUUAUGACUUUAGUUUUAGUCUUUAGUAAAUGAGAUUAGGACAUUCUAUUUUUAUGAAAAAUUGAAUAGACCUCUA